GAAAAUUUUGCCUCAAUUUUCAAAAUCAAUCUCAAAUUCUCAAAUGUCUGUGAUUCGUCCUUCUCCGAUUCCAAUUCCGAGAUGCAGAUCUCAGGUACUGCAUCGUCGUCUUUAUUCGAUUCAAUUGAUUCAGCGACGACGUCGACGGUGGAAUCCGAGGUCGGAGGUGGAGGAUACUGCGAUUGAAUCGACGGCUCGGUCUCCGGAGGCAGCGGGAGGGAAAAUGGUGGUGGAGCUUGUUGGAGCUUUCAACGAAGUAACGGAGAGGAUGAAUUCGGUUUGGUUGUCGACGUCUUCGUCUAGGUUACUCUUUAAAGCUCUCAAGCUCUCGAUUCCGAUUUUACAGUCUCUUCCUCUUGCCUCUGAUGGUCGCUCUCCUCUUUCUAAGGCUCUCUCACUCUCUAUCAUUCUCGCAGAUCUCCAGAUGGAUGCAGAAGUUAUCUCGGCGAGUAUAUUGAGUGAGGUGGUGGACGCGAAUGCGAUAUCUAUAUAUGAAGUUAGAGACCAUAUUGGUACUGGAACUGCUCAUCUGCUUCAUGAGAUUUUUCGUGUGAAGAAUAUUCCUUUUAAAGUUGAUGUGUUAGACGAUGAAACUGCUGCUUCAUUGAGAAAGUUCUAUUUAACCUACUAUGACAUCAGAGCUGUGAUUAUGGAUUUGGUUUCAAAGCUUGAUGAGAUGAGGCAUUUGGAUCACUUGCCAAGGUAUCGCCAGCAGAUUCUCUCUCUUGAAGUGUUGAAGAUUUAUUCUCCUUUAGCUCAUGCGGUGGGGGCUAAUCACCUGUCACUUGAGCUCGAGGACAUCUCUUUCCGUUAUCUUUUUCCGUGUUCGUAUAUAUACUUAGAUUCAUGGUUAAGAGGUCACGAGAACGGGUCUAAACCGUUGAUAGACGUGUACAAAGAGCAGCUUCAUCGGUCUUUGAAGGAUGAUUUGGUUUUGGCUGAAAUGGUGAAUGAUGUAUAUAUUAAAGGUCGGUAUAAAAGUCGGUACAGCAUGAUGAAGAAGCUCCUAAGAGAUGGGCGUAAACCGGAAGAAGUGAACGAUGUGCUUGGUCUACGGGUCAUAUUAAUGCCUAAUUCUGUAGUAAACGAUGUUGAAGUUGGCGAAAAAGCCUGUUACAGAACAAGUGAGAUUAUCCGGUCUUUGUGGAAGGAGAUUCCGCAUAGAACAAAAGACUACAUUGCUAGGCCAAAGGAAAAUGGGUAUAGGAGUUUACACAUGGCAGUUGAUGUUAGCGACAGCGAUCAGAUAAGACCUUUGAUGGAGAUACAAAUACGGACAAUGGAUAUGGAUGGAUCCGCUAAUGCUGGAACAGCAUCACAUUCUUUGUAUAAAGGCGGUCUAACCGACCCAAAAGAGGUAAGCACUUCUGUGAUUUUUUAGUUUGGCAAAUUUAGGAGGUUGAGUUGUUUGUUUAAAUUCAUGUUUAGGCGAAGCGGCUUAAAGCGAUAAUGUUGGCAGCAGCGGAUCUUGCAGCGAUUCGUCUCAAAGAUAUCUCAUCAAAUAAACACCAAAGCUUCAAGACAACAACGAACCAGAGAGACAGAGUGUUUUGCCUUCUGGACAAAAACGGGGACGGAAUGAUCAGCAUAGAGGAACUAAUGGAAGUGAUGGAAGAGCUUGGAGCUCCAGGUGAAGACGCAGAGGAGAUGAUGCAGCUUCUUGACUCUAACAGCGAUGGAUCUCUUAGUUCAGACGAAUUCGAUACGUUUCAGAAACAAGUAGAGUUCAUGCGUAAAUGGGAAGAUAGAGAUAACGAGUACAAGAGUCUUUUAGACGAGAAGCUUCAUGAUCUUCCACAUCAAGAUACCACAGGUUUGAUACAGUUAUACAAUAAAGAGCUUGAGGAUCGUCUCUCAACCCAUUAAAAUAUCAAACCAUUUUUCUACAUUCUAAUAUUGUGUAUAUAUGUAUUCCUAAUUAAUUAAUUAUCUGUUGACAAAAAUAUGUAUUUCAAUCACACACAUUCAAUUUUACCAUACAUUUAUUUAUCAUAACAAACUGCUUGUUAAUUC